ACCAUGGAUAAAUAUAUCACUGCUCUUGUGGUUGACAAUGGCUCCAGCAUGUGCAAGGCUGGCUUUGCAGGUGAUGAUUCACCCCGGGCCAUCUUUCCAUCCGUAUUAGGGCAUCUCCAGCCCCAGUAUGUAAGGAUGGGCAUGGGCCAGAGGGACUUCUAUGUUGGUGAUGAGGCCCAGAAGAAAAGAUGUAUCCUGACCCUCAAGUACCCCAUUAAGCAAGGCAUCAUCAUCAACUGGGAUGACAUGGAAAAGAUCUGGCACCAUACCUUCUACAAGCUGCAUGUUGACCCAGAAUUGUACCCAGUGCUGCUGACUGAGGCCCCCCUGAACCUGAAGGCCAACCGUGAGAAGAUGACCCAGGUCAUGUUUGAGACCUUCAACACCCCUGCCAUGUAUGUGGCCAACCAGGCUGUGUUGUCCCUGUUUGCUUCUGGCCGCACCACAGGCAUUGUUUUGCAUUCUGGUCAUGGAGUCACCUAUGCUGUGCCCAUUUAUGAGGGCUUUGCCUUGUCCCAUGCCAUCCUGCAUCUGGGCCUGGCUGGCUGUCAUCUGACAGACUACUUGAUGAGGAUCCUCAUGGAUCGUGGCUAUGGCCUCACCACCAUGGCUGAAAGGUUAAUUGUGCAGGACAUUAAAGAACACCUCUGUUUCAUUGCCUUGGACUUCAAGCAGGAGAUGGCCACCACUGCCUUGUCCACCUCCCUGGAUAAGAGCUAUAAGCUUCCUGAUGGGAAGUUCAUCUCCAUUGGCAUUGAGCAGUUCUGCUGUCCUGAAGCCCUCUUCCAGCCUUCCUUCCUAGGAAUGGAAUCUUGUGGCAUCCAUGAAAUUACAUUCAAUGCCAUCAUGAAAUGUAAUGUGGAUCUCCACAAGGAUCUAUUUGCCAAUGUGGUGCUGUCUGGUGGGACCACUAUGUUUCCGGGCACUACUGAGAGAUUGAAGAAGGAGAUCACAGCCCUUGCACCCAGCACAAAGAAGAUAAAUAUCAUUGCCCCCUUUGAGCACAAGAACUCAGUGUGGAAUGGUGGAUCCAUACUGGCCUCACUGCCAACAUUCAAUAAGAUGUGGAUCAGUAAGGGGGAGUAUGAAGACUUUGGACCUUCAAUUGUCCAAAAGAAGUGCUUUUGA